UGGUUGGGGCUGCCGAGGGCCGCCUGGAGCCUCUUGGGACCCGGGUUCCAGGUCUCAGGAAGACGGUGGACCACAGGGAGGCUGGCCGGAGAGAGAGGGAAGGACAGGGCCUGGCCCUCGGGACUUCCUGUGCCUCGCUUAGAGCUAACGCCGACGGAUAGAAUGAGUCCAUUUGAGUCCCAAGACGGUGGAAACUAGCUAGAGGAUUGCAGCCAUGUUGUGGAAGCUGCUGAUGAGAUCCCAGCCCUGUAGGCUGUGUUCUUUCAGAAAGAUGCCAUCAACUCCAAAAUAUAGACCUUUCAUAGCAUGCUUCACCUACACAACUGAUAGACUGUCAAGCAAAGAAAAUACAAGAACAGUGGAAAUGCUCUAUAAAUUUUCAGUUGACAUUAGGAAAAUUCGUAGAUUGAAAGGAUGGGUACUUUUAGAGGAUAAAACCUAUGUUGAAGAAAUUGUGAAUAUUUUACAAGAACUAGGUGCCGAUGAGACUGCUGUAGCUAGUAUUUUGGAACGCUGCCCGGAAGCAAUUGUUUGUAGUCCAACCACUGUUAACACCCAGAGAAAACUCUGGCAGUUAGUCUGCAAAAAUGAGGAAGAGUUAAUCAAGUUAAUAGAGCAGUUUCCAGAAUCUUUCUUUACUGUUAAAGACCAAGAGAACCAGAAGCUGAAUGUUCUGUUUUUUCAAGAGUUGGGACUAAAAAAUGUGGUCAUUAGCAGACUUUUGACAACUGCAUCUAAUAUUUUUCAUAAUCCUGUUGAGAAGAAUAAGCAAAUGAUAAGAAUUCUCCAGGAGAGCUAUCUAGCUGUAGGUGGUUCUGAGGCCAACAUGAAAGUUUGGCUACUAAAACUGUUAAGCCAAAACACAUUUAUUUUGUUAAAUUCUCCCGCAGCUAUAAAGGAAACACUAGAAUUUCUCCAGGAGCAGGGUUUCACAAACUUUGAAAUUCUCCAGCUUCUGUCCAAACUCAAAGGAUUUCUUUUUCAACUUUGCCCAAGAAGUAUACAGAAUAGCAUUUCCUUCUCUAAAAAUGCUUUUAAAUGCACAGAUCAUGACCUGAAGGAAUUAGUUUUGAAAUGUCCUGCCCUUUUAUAUUAUUCUGUUCCAGUUUUAGAAGAGAGAAUGCAAGGAUUAUUGAAAGAAGGAAUUUCCGUAGCUCAGAUAAAAGAGACGCCAAUGGUUCUUGAAUUAACACCACAAAUAGUACAGUAUAGGAUAAGGAAACUCAAUUCCUUAGGCUACAGAAUAAAGGAUGGACAUCUGGCAAAUCUAAAUGGAUCAAAAAAAGAGUUUGAAGCUAAUUUUGGCAAAAUUCAGGCCAAAAAAGUAAGACCAUUAUUUAACCCUGUGGCACCAUUAAAUGUUGAAGAAUGACAUACUGACUGAUGUUGCUUCUUUCUAGCAGUGCAAGGUGAAACUAGCAAAGACAAAAAUUCAGGCAGUUUUUAGGCACCUGUAAUUUUAAGAACCUGCUUAGCUUCUGAAUUGUGUUUAUCUCUAAAUAGAUAAAUUCUGACUCUUGCCAUAUUAUAAAUUGUAAACUGUAUUCAUUUUAAUAACUAAAGUUGGUAACUUUUACCUUAAACCAUUAGUUCAAAAACUCAUGUACCAUUAAAUGCCAUAUCAGUUUGAUACUUUA